GUGGUGCGGGUGGUGGGUGAAUAAUUUGGGGUGCGAUUUGUCGGCGGUUGUAUAGUCCGGAUUAACUGGCUACAGCGGGACCGGGAGGACCGCUAACAUGACGGACGAGGGGCCCGGGAUGUGCUGGUGCUUGAGGCGCUGCGGGAGGAACACGGAGGAUCUGUUGUUACCUGACGGGGAAGAGGUCACUCUGGGCCGAGGCUUGGGGGUCACCUACCAACUGAAACCCACGCUGUGUCCACUCAUGAUCUCCCGCACUCACUGUCUCUUCAAGCAGAACACUGGGGGCGAGUGGACUGUGACUGAUAACAAGAGUUUGAAUGGGGUGUGGAGGAACAAGGAAAGACUGGAGCCCCACAAGGCCUACACCCUGAGUGAAGGGGCCCUUAUCCAGCUAGGGGUGCCCCCACCCAACAUGGAAAGUGCUGAGUUUGAGUACAUGUUGGUCCGGGAACAUCUAGAGAAGCUAUCUGGAUCUCUAAUCAGGCCACUGCCCGACAAGACCAAGGCAACAAGGACCAAGCGAAAAUUCACCUCGGAGGAUACUGAUGCCUCGGGAAAUGAAGGUCCAUCUAACUUCUCCAUACCCAAGUUCUACCGGGUCUCCAGAGAAGAUGAGGACUCAGCCAAAUCCUCGCACACCACUGACUUAUACAAGCAGCCUACAGUGGAGCCCACAGCAUCUGGGACAGAGUCUCGAUUAAAUGACUCGGUAGAAGCUGAAGUGGUGGCGCCCACCCAGCAGCAGUGCCGCAGCACAUUGCAGCUUUCGAGAGUUAGGCAGACAAUGGAGGAGAUCCGCCGACUGAAUGUGCAAAUGCAGGAGAAGCAGAUGGAGAUGCAGGAGAAGCUGAACUCCCCCCUAGAGAACCAAGUGGGUGCUAACAGUGUUCUUGCGGUGCAGAAGGAGCUGCGAGCAUUGCACAACCAUCUGAGCAACGAGCAGGAGCAGCACAUGCAGAGUGUGAAGGAGCUGAAGGAGAUUUUUGAGGAGGAACAGCAGAGCAUGGGGAGUCGGAAGCAAGUGGAGGAGGAGCAUCUGAAGGAGCAGUUGGCUCAGGCUCUGCAGGAGCACACACAACUUAUGCAAGAACUGAAUCGCAGCAAGAAUGACUUUGAGCAGAUUAUUGAGGCGAAGAAUAAGGAACUACAGGAGACUAAGGAGGAGAAAGAGAAGGUUUUUGCUCAGAAGGAAGAAGUUCUGAACCAUAUGAACGAUGUGCUGGAUAAUGAGCUUCAGUGCAUCAUUUGCUCUGAGCAUUUCAUUGAGGCUGUGACAUUAAACUGCGCCCACAGCUUCUGCUCUUAUUGUAUCAAGUCGUGGAAGAAACGUAAAGAAGAGUGUCCCAUCUGCCGCCAAGAGAUCGUGACCGAGACCCGCUCCCUUGUGCUGGAUAAUUGCAUUGACAGUAUGGUGGACAAGCUAAGCCCAGAGAUGAAGAACCGGCGGGCAGCUCUAAUAUUGGAGCGCAAAGAGAUGGUACAGGCGGAGGAAUCAAACCCUGUUCUCGUAGUCAGUGACAGCAGUUCCUUCCUAUCGGACACAUUCUACAUCUCCAGCAGCAGCUCAGACAGCGAUGAGCUGGGCAACGAUUUUUGGAUGAGGAGUGAGGAAGAGGAGUAUGAAGAAACUCUGUUUGGCUGCGGGACUGAUGAACUCGACUCCUCUGACUUUGAGUCGGAUGAUGAUGAAGAGGAAGACAGCUUUUUAAUCAUAUAAAUCAGCUCUGGCUGUAGAGCAGUGAGAUCAUCUCCCCUUUCAUCACUGAGCCAAUCACAACUGGGCCAAUAUCGGACCAUUACACGUGCGCACAUACACUUUAUAUACAUCUAAGUCUAUUUUCCUUCAUGUAUUUAUUUCAUUUGCAUCAUGUAACAUUGCAGCAAUGUGGAUUCUGCAUCUGCAGUUCUGCUGUACCAGGGACUGGGACUUUUCAUUCUGUUGGGGGUGGUUCUGUUAUAUAUCGGGCUUGGGGACUGGGCAGUUAUUAAAGGCAUUUUGGAUGCUGUGCACCCCCAGUCUUGCUUGGGGAGAGGUAGGUGUAGUAAAGCCCGUUGGUGUAUGGUGGAGUGACAAACGACAGUUUCAGGGUUGUGCUUGGGGUUGAUGGGGGAUGCAGCUAAGAUACUAUUUUGUUACUGAAGAGAUAUUUGGAAACUACUUUAUUCAGCCUUCUGUCUUUUCUUAUGGCAGCAUCUCCUUAAAGGAGAAGGAAAGCUACAGAGGCAUUUUAUUGCCAAAAGAUAAGCCACAAUACUGCAAGCUAGAAUGCUAUAUUUAUUCUGUAGAAUGCUUUACUAUACCUGAGUAAACAAGUUCUCUGUUUGUUUAGGACAGCGGCUGCAGUAUUAGCUUGGUGUGACAUCUCUUCCUGCCUGAGUCUUUCCCUGCUCACUUAUAGCUCUGGGCUCAGAUUACAGCAGGUAGUGGAGGGAGGAGCAAACUGAGCAUGCUCAAGCCCUAGCCCUGGAGGUUUAAGCUGAAAACAGGAAGUCUGAUACAGAAGCCCAUGAGUACACAAUAGAAUGAAAGAAAUGUGGUGUUUCUUUUGACAGAGGACUCAGAGCAGCAUUACUUUGAGGAUUUACUGGUGUAUUUAUAUAGACCUUUCUGAUAAGGCUUACUUAGUUUUAGCCUUUCCUUCUCCUUUAAUAUUGGGGUAGAAAUCUAAAGGGGUAGUUCACCAUUGCAUAAAAUGUUAGUCUGAUGGUAACAAGGAUAUUCUCAGAUUGCAGUCGGGCUUUAUUAUUUACUCUUUUUGUUGUUCUUGAUUUCGUUUUUUUUUAGUUGACCAACUGUCCAGUCUACAACUGGGCCGAGGGAUGAAUGCGAGAGGAGUUGAAGAAACAGAUAAGGAAUACAAAGUAACCAAAUCAUUGAAGCCUUAAAGAGCACUCGUUUUCAGCCAGGGACAGCGACCCCUUUGAAAGCUAGAAGCAACAGGAGAGGGAAAAACAAUAACAUGCAAAUAGUUAAAGGUGUUCGUUGUUAGAUUGGGACACAAAACAGUUUUUAUGACGUCUCCUUUACAUUUUUUCUGCAGGUUUUAAGGAAGUGAAAGUGUGUGGUUUUGUUACAGUGCCCCUCCCUUGUGAGAUGCCACAGACUCCGGGUGCCUCACAGUAUCGGCUUCUAUUGCCCCCAGUGAGUCUGUUGCCUUGUGUUUCAUAGGGAAGUUCAUUAGAGAUUCAUUAUAGAAUAUGAUUUAGUUGCUGCUGUUGUUUUGGAAUUUACCUAGAUCUUUGUCUAUCUAGCAACACUGAGUCAUCUCUACCCUCUUUUAUAGAGGGAGAGUCCCCCCAAAAUGCAGGAACUGCCUCUCCUUGAACCCAGUUUAACCCUGGCAGCACUGAGCAGAGACACAAACAAGGAACAGCACCGCUGUAAUGUUGAUCACUCACAAGACUAUGUUUUGGUACUUUGGGAAACCCUUUAUCCUGGGAGGUAGGGACUAGGGUUGCCACCUGGCCGGUAUUAUACUGGUCUGGCCGGUAAAAAUGAUGGCUGAUCCCAAUGUUAUUAAUAGGGAAAAAAAGAUAAAUAUAAUGGAAGGCCGGUAUUUUUUUCCAGAAAAUGUGGCAGCCCUAGUAGGGACACAUGCAGCCUUUACUCUUUAUGCAUGAGACCCUACUGCUUAUAGAUCCUGUGUUGGUGAAUUCCCAGCAUGCCCUAUAAGCCACAAUCCUAGAGAUUCUAGUUCCUAGAAAGAGAAGAUUCGACUAGUGUAGUCGGAGUUUCUGGGAACUCAAUAGCCAGUGGUGACUUUGGGUGUAACCCAUGUACUGCCAGGAUCAGCCAGUAAGGAGCAUAGUGUGGGGGCUACAUUGUGAAGUAAAGGGGUGGGAGUGUAACCCAUGCAUUGCCAGAAGCAGCCAGUAAUGGAAAUAGUGUGGGGGCUACAUUGUGCAGUAAGGGGGUGGGAGUGUAACCCAUGCAUUGCCAGAAGCAGCCAGUAAUGGAAAUAGUGUGGGGGCUGCCGGCUCUCCUGCACAGCCUGGGAAGCAGCAGGAAGUAACCUGGUAUGUUAGAUUGAAAAAAAGACACGUCCAUUAAGUUCAAACUUUUUUUUUUUUUUUUAACCUGCCUAACUGCCAGUUGAUCCACAGGAAGGCAAAAAAACCCCAUCUUUUUUGCUCUCCAAUUUGCCUCAGAGGGGGGAAAAAAAUUCCUUCCUGACUCUAAAAUGGCAAUGGGACCAGUCCCUGGAUGAACUUGUACUAUGAGCUAUCUCCCAUAUCCCUGUAUUCCCUCACUUGCUAAACACCAUCCAACCCCUUCUUGUACCUAUCUAAUGUAUCAGCCUGUACCACUGAUUCAGGGAGACAAUUCCACAUCUUCACAGCUCUCACUGUAACAAACCCCUUCCCAAUAUUUAGGCGGAACCUCUUUUCUUCUAAUCGGAAUGGGUGACCUUGUGUCAGCUGGAAAGACCUACUGGUAAAUAAAUCAUUAGAGAGAUAAAAGACAAAAGGGACUUUUUUUUUUUUUUUAACUACAAUACAUGCGCCCAAAACGAUCUAAUGAUAGUAUAAGUAAUCAAACAAGAUAAAAUAGAUAAAAAUAAAAAGCAAUUUUUUGUUUAUUCACCACCAUGCCAUAUUAUUCAAAUUAAAAACAAGCAGCGCUGCAUGUGAGAGGGGAGGGGAUCCCUUAUAUUUGGAUAUUUAACCCCAUUAGCUGAUUAUAUUAAUCAGGUAUGGGGAAAUUUGCAUGCAAGUGUUUAAAAGGAAUGUUAUUUCAUUAAUAUGUGAGGACCAAUUGUUGAAUUUUUUGGAAAUAAUAAAUGCAAAGUCACAAAUGUGA